AAAGUGAAAAAGCAGUCGUAAUUCCAGCAAAUCCCACUCCAUAGAAGAAACCCUAGUUAGUAGUUAGUAGUUAGUAGUUAGUACCCGAUCUUGAGCUCAGAGAUCCCGUCUUUGAAUGCUUUGAAGUAACCUUUUAUUUCUUCUCAAUCUGUUGACAGCCUCAAAAUUUUCAGUUGCAGAUGUUAAGAUGGUUUCCUGCUUUGCGUUUGCCCCACUAAAGAUUAGACUAAUAAUCUCCUGUAAUGUUUACGACUGGUCAUGCCAUUGGUUUACGGGAACGUAGUUCAUCAAAUCAGCUGUUACUCGAAGAUCCUGUGCCUGAGCUUGAUGAUGAGGAAGGAGAAAUUUCUGCGAGGAUACUGUACAAAGCCUCCUUUGAGGAACUUGCAGGAAGCCAUGUGCAAUAUGACACAGUUAUAUGGGUCCUCAUAUCAUUACUUCUGGUUUUAGCCUGGGGGUUUGGAAUUAUUAUGCUUCUAUAUCUCCCUGUUAGAAGAUACGUGCUUCGAAAGGAUAUUUCCUCACGCAAACUCUAUGUUACCCCUAAUGAAAUAGUUUACAAGGUUGCAAGACCUUCAUUUCUGCCUUUCUGGGGUGUUACAAAGAUUGAGAAGCACAUACCUCUUGCUCUGGUAAUCGACAUCAUUACUGAACAAGGUUGCUUGCAAUCGAUGUAUGGGAUCCAUACAUUUAGAGUUGAGAGUAUACCACAUGGAAAAGCUGCUUCUGUGGAUGAGCUACAGGUUCAAGGGGUCUCUAACCCAGGAGUUUUGAGGAAGGUCAUUGUAGAAGAAGCUUCCAAGAUGAUAUUAGGAUUUGGUACUAGUUGGAAGCCUGUUGCAUACACUGGUGAGGGGGAAGGUACACGGACACCAUCUCGUAUGGGUUCUGUGUCCGAGGCACCAGCAAUGGGUAAAUCACCUUCUAAAAUUCGGAAGGAGCCCAGAGGAGUGGUACCUGGUGAUGUGUUGCUAAAUAAACUUGAAGAAGUUAAGCAAUCAGUUCAGAGACUUGAGUCACUUGUUGAGAAUUCACAAAGUUUGCUUGAAAGCGACUAAAUAUAAU